CGCAGCUGGACGGAGUCCAUCUGAAUCCCCACCUGAUUGAUCAUCGAUCGACUGUCUGAGGAGAACACACGAGCCCCCCCACACUCCCUUUCCCACACACGCACACGCCCGCCCGCCGCAGGAGGAGAAGACCUCCUGGACCCAACUGUGGUCGGGCGCUAAUGACGCGCGGGGGAAAGUGCGUGGGCGGAUGAGGAAGUUGAUGGCCACACACCCAUUCCAGUGACUUUUUUUCUAGCAGCAGUGGAGCAUCGUCGGGAUCUCCAUCUACUAGGAAACCAAAAGAAAAAAAACUGGAUUUUUCCUGGUGUGGUGAAAAUGUCAGUCAAGUUGGGAGUCAUCUUCUUGUUACUUCUGCUCGUCUCCGGUGCUCGUCCAAACCAGAUGCCGUACGGUGACGACGAUGAAGAGCUCCAUGAUGCCACUGUCAAUCAAAUGCUGGUGCCCAGGUCGCAUCAAGAGGAUGCCACACUGAUUCUCAACAAUCUACUCAAGGAUUAUGACAGGACUCUUCGGCCAGAUAUCGGGGUGAAGCCGACAGUCGUCGAUGUGGGCAUAUAUGUCAACAGCAUUGGGCCCGUGUCAUCCAUCGACAUGGAGUACCAGAUCGAUAUCAUCUUCGCACAGACUUGGGUGGACACACGUCUGCGCUAUAACAGCAGCAGCAUGCGGAUUCUCACCCUCAACAGCAACAUGGUGGGCUUGAUCUGGCUGCCUGACACCAUUUUUAGGAAUUCCAAGACAGCGGACUCUCACUGGAUAACGACUCCCAAUCAGCUGCUACGCAUCCGCAACAAUGGAAAAAUCCUAUACACGCUGAGGAUGACCAUCAACGCUGAAUGUCAGCUGCAGCUCCAUAAUUUCCCAAUGGACGAGCACUCAUGUCCACUCGUCUUCUCAAGUUAUGGCUACCCACGAGAUGAAAUUGUGUACAAGUGGAGGCGGAACUCUGUGGAGACGUCGGACCAGAAAUACUGGCGGCUCUACCAGUUUGAUUUCAUGGGGCUCCGAAACACAACCGAUCUAUUGACUACAACUGCAGGAGACUAUGUGUUGAUGACGGUAUACUUUGACCUCAGCAGAAGGAUGGGCUACUUCACCAUCCAGACUUACAUCCCCUGUAUCCUGACUGUGGUCCUGUCCUGGGUCUCCUUCUGGAUCAAGAGCGACGCCACGCCGGCGAGGACGGCCUUAGGCAUCACCACCGUGCUGACCAUGACUACACUGAGUACAGUGGCUCGGAACUCCCUGCCCAGAGUCUCCUAUGUGACAGCAAUGGACCUGUUUGUCACUGUCUGCUUCCUGUUCGUCUUCGCCGCCAUGAUCGAGUACGCCAUGCUCAACUACAGCUCCUAUAUUAUACGUAGACCCCCGGCCAAGAUGCGAAAAAUGGCAUAUGCAUCGUUCACCACCAGUCGCCCGCCCCAUCGGCCUAUGAUGCCCACGAGCAACGCUCUCUUCUGGCAGGACUACGACGACGACUGCCUGGAUCAGUGCCUGGAUGGGAAAGAUUGCAAGAGCUUCUUCUGCUGCUACGAGGAAUGUAAAGAAGGCGGUUGGAAGAAAGGCCGCGUCCACGUCAACAUCAGCGAACUAGAUUCCUACUCGCGGGUUUUCUUCCCGACGUCGUUCUUGCUUUUCAACAUCGUCUACUGGGUCAGCUACCUGUAUCUCUAGACGGCUGCUGAGGAGGACAACUGCUGCCUAUAGGGAGCGUAGGAGGAGGAGGAUCGGGUGGAGGGACAUAAACUAGACUGGACCGGCCCUGUUCAUGACUCUGAGCAGACCACUGACAUCUGAGUGGCACUGCGGUAUUUGGGUCCACAAGGCGACAGAGCGCCCAUAGUGCCUUCUUUAGAAAGGGUGCAAAAGGCCACUGCAGCGUCGUUAUUUUUAUUAGCUCAUCCAUCACGCCGCCGCAUGCUCAGCUGUUUAAUUCCUCGGUAAAACCAGGCUGGUUCUCACUACAGGAGAUGUUUAAACGUUCAUUCCGUGGCACAUUAGAAAUAGUCGCCGAAUUACGCAGUACGGUUACGGAAAUCCAACUCAUGAGCAGACUAAGCUGCACAAAUACAAAGGGAUCUUUUACCAAACUUGCUGUAUUUUGUAGUAGUUGUUAUACGAGUCCAUCCACCUGCCAAGUUCAUGAAAGUCAGUUCAUUUGUUUGCCCCCUGAUGAAAAGUCCCAGACUGUAGGUGCUGUAAAAUAGGUUCUACAUAUUGUGGUCCAACUGAGCUGUGCAGAGAGAGAGGGAGGUGUUGAAAAAUGGAUGAUGCUGGAUGGUCGUGGAGGGAGGCCCUCACACGGCCACUGCGAUGUAAAAUUGAUGCCACGAAUGGAGAUAUAUAGACACACGUGGAACGCAGUUUAACUGUUCUGUUGUGUUUUUGCAGUUUUUCGGCAUAGGAUUUGUGUGUCGAGUUAAUGUUUCCUUUUUCAUACAUAUGGAAUGUAUGUCAGAGGUUCCGUUUGUGAGUUUACAGUUUAUUUAUCGGGCCUUAGCACAAGUUUUUGUCCAGAGGUACUUAGUUUGUAAGAGGUGUGACUUUCGGUGUUUGUCUUUCGGCCCACAGACUCUCCCUUCACCUCUGAUAUUUCUACUACACUUUAUAAGUGUCCAAUUCCAUCGAGAUGCUAGACUAAAAAAACAAUCACUAUUUUCUACGCGCGUUUUAAACCAGUGUUUACAAAGCCACUUUGAAAUCCGAGCACUGACCCGUGGUCAGUGUUGGCGACCUCAUCGCCCCUGUUAAAAUACCGGAUGACAUGAUAUUUCGGCGGACGAACAGCGAGCGUGUCAGAAUAAGAGUAUUCUCCCACUUUUUAAAGACUCACUCGGUUUCACCAGAGAUGGUGGGAAGAGAAAAAGCCACGCUUAUCAUGGAUAUGUGCUCGCAGAGGAAGCCUUUUAUCUUUUCACAGGAUAAUAGUAUGUUUUCUAGUGUGUGGUACAAUGCUUGUAUGAAUAAAUCAUUUUGGUCUAGUGUACUGUGACGUU